UGAAACGAGGAAGCGACUUAUUACUUUCAAAAUUGGGCGUGUAGCGUAAAAACUAAAAUUAGCACUUUACUAAUUUACUUUUUUAAAUUUAAAAAAGUCACUAUAUUAUACAGUAAUAUACAUCUCAACAAAGAAAGUCGGGGUCAAGGAAAAGACAUUUGCUGCUGCGCAGUCGUUGUGUCAUGCAAACAUGGCACUGGAGGAAGGUGCACGGAGCAGCAUCUUGCAGUUUCGCAGCAAAUUGGAGCAGGACAUCAAGCCCUCCUGCUUGAUGGACCACAUGGUUAGUGAUGAUGUGCUGACUGUGGAUGAGGAGGACGGGGUCCUGACCAAGGAAACAAGGAGGGAACAGGCGGUCGCCCUGUUGGAGCUGCUGCUGAGGAAGGAUAACCGUGCCUACAUUUCUUUCUACAAUGCACUGAUCAAGGAGAUGCACCAUGAUUUGGCCCGUCUUCUCCAGGACAACUUACCUUGCAUAUCACUUCAUGCCAGCAAGAACUCUGCUGAUGGCUUCACAUCUUAUGUCCAGACUGUUCUGAGUGAAGGCGGCGUGCCCCAGAGGCCCGUGGUAUUCGUCAGCAGACCAGAGCUGGUAAACCGGAUUAGGGAGAAACUAUACCGGCUCCAGAAUGAGCCCGGCUGGGUCACUGUCUUCGGUAUGGCUGGGUCGGGAAAGUCGGUCAUUGCUGCUGAAGCUGUCAGAGACCACGCGCUCAUAGAAGAGUGUUUUCCUGGAGGCAUCAACUGGUUGUCCAUCGGCCAGCUGGAUAAACCAGACCUCCUGGUGAAAAUCCAGUCACUGUGUUUCCGUCUGGAGCAGAAGCUGGAUCCGCAGUCCCUCUCUCGACCUCCCAGCUCUCUUGAAGAAGCCAAAGAGCGCCUGCGCUUCCUCAUGCUACGCAAAUACCCAAAGUCUUUGCUCAUCCUCGAUGACAUCUGGGACAAUACAGUGUUGAAAGCAUUUGAUAUUCAUUGCCGGAUACUUCUGACUACCAGAAACAGAAGCCUGACUGAUUCCGUUAGCGGCGUUAAACAUGAAGUGGAAGUGGAAAGUGGUCUGGAUGAAAACAAAUCCCUGGAGAUCCUGGUGUAUACUGACACCAAACCACAAGGGCUGCCUGAGGAGGCUCGUAGUAUCGUGAGAGAAUGUAAAGGCUCCCCUCUGGUUGUGUCCCUGAUUGGUGCUCUACUGAAAGAGAAACCCGGACCGCUGGCAGUAUUACCUGCGGCAGUUGCAGAAAAGCAGUUCAAGCGUAUAAGGAAGUCUUCUUCCUACGACUACGAUGCCCUGGACCAGGCCAUGGCUGCAAGCAUUGAAGUCUUACCUGCUGAAUAUCGAGAUUUCUACAGGGACCUCACAGUGUUGGAGAAGGAUGUCAAAGUACCUGCUCAGGUGCUGUCCAUUCUGUGGGAUCUGGAGCUGGAGGAGGUGGAGGACAUUCUUAACGAGUUUGUCAACAAGUCUCUGCUGUUUGUUGAGUAUCACCACAGACAAUACCUCUACUACCUCCAUGAUCUCCAGCUGGACUUCUUGGUUGAACAGAACCGUAGUCAGCUGGAGAAACUUCAUGCUAAAAUGGUGCAUCAGUACCAAAGGUACUACAAAGAGGGUCCUCCCACAUCAGGAGAUGAAGAAUGUCUCUACUGGAUCAGAUCUUUGACCUACCACAUGGCCAGAGCUAACCUCUCCCAUGAGCUCUACGCUCUGUUGUUCUCUUUGGAUUGGGUCAGCAUCAAAGUCCAGCUCAUGGGUCCAGCUCACCUCAUCAAUGACUAUGUGGAGUACGGACCCAUUCUCGACAAAGAGAACAGUGAAGUACGCAGUCAGUUCCAGGAGUUUUUGUCUCUGAACGGCCACCAGCUGGAGCUGCGUCCAUUCCCUGACGUGGUGCCUGCUCUGUCUGAGCCGCACACCUCCGAGGUCCACACACAGGCUCUGCUGCAGGCGCGGCAGCGGGCCAGUCAGGGAAAACUCUACUUUGACCUGGUGAAUAAGAGCGGCGCAGAGAGUCUGUCCCGCCUGGUGAUUCAGCCCCAUCAGGGUUCCGUCUACUCUGCCUGCUUCUCCCACGACGGAGCAAGGAUCGCAUCCUGUGGAGCCAGCAAGAUGCUGAAGGUGUUUAAAAGCACUUCAGGUGAAAAGCUGACUGAGAUCCAGGCUCACGAGGAUGAGGUUCUCUGCUGCGCCUUCUCCCCCGAUGAUCGUCUCCUGGCAACCUGCUCCAGUGACAGGAAAGUCAAGGUGUGGAAUGUUGAGCGAGCGAUGCUGCUCAGGAUCUUUCAGGAGGAACAUGAAGAACAGAUCAACCACUGUCAGUUUACAAACACAAUGCGGCGCCUCCUGUUGGCAACCUGCUCAAAUGACAAGCUGAUGAAUGCCAAGCUGUGGAACCUGAACAAGCCGACCUCCCAGAACACAAUGUUUGGUCACUUUGAGCCGGUCAACCACUGCUGUUUCUCCCCUGACGAUGUCUAUGUAUCCACUUCCUCCAGCGACGGUACUAUUAAGCUAUUUCAGGUGUCCUCUGCCAACGAGUGGAAGACGAUUCAAGUGAAAAACAUGUUUCCAGACAGCGACGAGGACGUCCUUGUUAAAUGCACUACCUGGUCCACCGACGGCAAAAGAAUCAUGUGUGCUGCCAGGAACACUGUCUUUGUGUUUGACGUGGAGACAUCGGACAUGUUAUUAGAGCUCAAGAGCAAUCGUAUUAGCAUAGUGCAAUACUGUCACGCUUGUCCUACCAGCAGUUUGCUGGCUAUCGCUUUCUCAAACUACACUGUCGAGCUCUGGGAUCUAGAGGCCAAUAAGAAGAAGACUGAGUGCAGUGGUCACCUGAGUUGGGUCCAUCGUGUCCAGUUUUCUCCUGAUGGCUCACAGCUGCUUUCCUGCUCUGAUGACCACACAGUCAGGUUAUGGGAGACGAAGAAGGUGCACAUCUCCUCAGCCGUCUGCCUGAAAGACUCUGACGUUCUCUUUAACAAUGAAGAAAUCAUCGUGUCGGCUGCAGACAACUGCAACAGGUUGCAGGUUCGUGAUGGUAGAACAGGAUCGGUGCUGCUCCAGUCUGAGGAGAAGAAGUCCAGGAUCCGUUGUACCUGUAUGUGCAGAAAGCCUCCUGCUGUAGCCUUUGGUCAAGAAGACGGGACAGUACAGGUAGGCCUCCCGCUGCCUGCCUACAACCCCUGUGUUCCAUCAUCAAAGUUGUGCUCACGGUUAAAAUCUGAGUCAGAUUCUCAAUUUGGCAGAAAGAGCCAGUGA